AUGGCCAAGAAGAGAAAGAGGCCCAGCAGGCAUCCUCCAAUCACCAACAAGCCUCUGUCUCCCAAUCCCCGUACCACUGCUAAUAAUAAUCCCACCCAUCCUGUCAUCUCCCUCUACUACUCCCAUGUCCUCACCCUGAGGCAAUAUCUCCUACGCCAACUGCCUGUUUCCUCCAAACUGCGCCGUCGUCGAAUUGCCUCGUUGAGUGUGGCCACCGCUGCAAAAGACGAAGAUCAUCGGUGGUCAUCGCACCUCCCAGAUCUUGUUCAUUUGCUGGACACUACGCUGGUUGGAGUACUGCACGAGUCGUCUCCAAUAAUUAGCCAGGAACGACGACGGGAUUUGGCUGUUUUUACGGAGUCGCAGUCGCAGUCUGGAUCGCAGUUGGGCAGCACGUCUGCGCAAUCUGAGAUCGUCGAAUAUGUCAUUGCGACAUUGUUCAACCGCAAUGGCUACCAGCGGCCCCAGCAUCUGCUCGCCCAUGGCUUUCAGCGAUUCAUGGGCUCCCGGGCAAACGAGCCUCAAACAAUGACCAAUAUCCCAGGCAUUAUGGUCCAGUAUCCGAAUAAAAAUGUCCAAAUCUUGCAGCAGGUUCCCUGGACGGACGUCCUCGAUCUUCUGGGGAGCAAUGGCGAGGAAGUUAUGCUAAAGCUGCUGCUUGACUGUGGUAUCUUUCCUUGUAUAGAUCAUCGAAAAGGCAUCUAUUAUCAGAUUAGUGGUUUACCGUUGCCCGUGCUCGAACCGCUGGACAAGAUAGGCCCAGGAUCAGACCAGUCUCUAUUCAAGUACAAUCCGCCACCCUUUCCAAAGCCAGGGAACAAGAAUCAAGAUACCCAUAAAGAGCUACAGGUCAAGCCAAAUAGCAUCAUCUUCCUCCGUCGACGUGCACUUUAUGCUCGUCCAAACCUCAAUGCAAAGGGACAAGUUCGCUUUGGUCUAAAACAUGAUCAUGCACUAAAUCGCUUUCUGUCGGCCGAUUCUUUGGUGCAGACCGUGCGUCUAAUGCAACAUAUCUUCCCUAGGCAAUUUGGUUUAACUAAUGUAUUUACAUCAACGGAUACUCGAGAACAAGCCCAGUCAUUCAAUCACUCCUUUGGACAUCACCCCAUACAGAACAAAUACCUUGGACAGAGCGAAGAUGGGCAAGAUGAGGUGCGAAAAAUACCAAAACGGCUUCGUGGGGAGCCAGUGGAGCUGGUCCAACAGCUCCAGAACCGACACAAGCACUGCUCCUAUGCGGAACUACUGAGAUAUUAUUGUUCUUCUGAAGCCACUGGACCGUGGAAACUCGGUCCUGCGAGCUCUCAGUCCGAUUCCGACAUCAGUCAUAAGUCCAUCUCCCAGCCGUUGGUCACCCAAGAACAAGUACCACAAUCAUCCUCCGGAUCGUUCGAUGAGUUACCACGGGAAGAAACAGACUGCAAAACGCCUUCGCUACCACAGCCAAGCGUCACUUUGACAGACUAUGCAACGCCUGCCUCAUCAGUAUCGGCCUUUUGCCGUGCCGUUCUGCGAAAACUGAUCCCUCCCCAAUUCUUUGGCACAGGCCAACAUGGGCCCUCAAACCAACGAGUAAUGUUUAAACAGAUUGACCGGUUUAUUCUUAUGCGUCGGUUUGAAAGUCUGAACCUUCACGAGGUCUGCCAGGGCAUCAAAAUCACCUCAAUUCCCUGGUUGGAACCUCCCAAGUUGACGUCUGAACCGUCUCGAUGCAAGCUAUCCCAGUCCGAUCUGCAGAAACGCACCGAGCUGCUGCACGAGUUUAUCUACUAUCUAUUCGAUUCGAUUCUGAUCCCACUAAUCCGGGCUCAUUUCUACGUCACCGAAUCGCAAACCCAUCGCAACCGUCUCUUUUUCUUCCGCCAUGACGUCUGGCGUAGACUCACAGAACAACCUUUGACUACACUCAAAUCAAGUGUAUUCGAAGAAUUGAAACCUGAGAUGGCGCAGAAGGUCCUGGGUCGACGAUCCUUGGGAUAUAGCUUCCUACGGCUUCUUCCCAAGAGCACGGGUGUUCGUCCGAUUAUGAAUUUGCGACGGCGCGCAUGGGUGAAAUGCAAUUGGCCAGGAAAGCAAGGCUCCUACUUAGGACCGAGUAUCAAUUCCACGGUCACGCCUAUUCACAACAUGCUCAAUUACGAAAAAGCACGGGGUCCUGGUGCGUUAGGUUCGGCUUUACUCUCUGUGGGAGACCUCCAUCCCAAACUAAAAAACUUCAAAGACGAUCUCCUGAAGCAGCAUGGGGCAUCCUUGCCGACCUUGUAUUUUGUGAAGGUUGAUAUCCAAUCCUGUUUCGACACUAUUCCCCAGCAGAAGUUGAUCCGUCUCAUCGAGGAGCUGGUCUCCGAGGAGGCAUAUCAUAUCACCAAGCAUGUAGAACUUCGACCGUCCGAUGAAUUUGGUGGUGUAUGGCCUUCAGAAGAACCAACCCGCUCAAACAAGCCGCAGAGAAAGUAUGUUGGUCGGGCCGCUCCAGCCUCCAAGCCGCAAUCUGUACCAGAUGCUUUCACAAGUGGGGUGACGAGUCGUCGACGAAACACAGUAUUUGUCGAUACUUUAGCACAGCGCGAGCAUCACAGCGAGGAUCUAUUAGAUCUGCUAGACGAGCAUGUCCGAAAUAACCUAAUAAGGAUUGGCAAGAAGUACUUUCGCCAGCGGAACGGAAUCCCUCAAGGGUCCAUGCUCUCAAGUCUUCUGUGCAAUUAUUUCUAUGCAGAGCUGGAGCGGGAGGUGCUAGGCUUCCUACACCCACACCAGGCCCUGCUCCUCCGUUUGGUAGAUGACUUUUUGCUUAUCACGUCCGAUGUCGACAUGGCAAUGCGGUUCCUACAAGUCUUGGUUCGGGGUCAACCGUCGUACGGAGUGUCCGUACAUCCAGCCAAGAGUCUUGUGAAUUUUGCAGCGGCCGUGGACGGGAUACAGAUUCCGCGACUCAUGGGAUCUACACGCUUCCCGUACUGCGGCAACUUAAUCGAUACACACACGCUGGAAAUUUACCGUGACCAAGACAGGGUGCUGGAAGGCGGCGAUACGGCCGCAGAAACCCUGUCGAACGCUCUCACGGUCGAGUCCGCCCGGGCUCCUGGUCGUUCCCUUCAUCGCAAAGUCCUAGCCGGCUUUAAGCUGCAAAUGCAUCCAAUGUACCUUGAUGCGCAACACAACUCCCGGAAUGCAGUCCUACUUAACCUAUACACCAACUUUGUCACCUCCGCCAUGAAAAUGUACCGAUACCUGAAAUGUCUCCAAGGACGCGCGCAUCCAUCAGCACCAGUUAUCAUUCGCACCAUCCAGGAUCUUACGCAGCUAGCCCAACGACUGGCCCGCUCGCGACGCGGAGAACAAUCCGAACCAUUGUCAACAAACACACAAUGGGCGGCGCCCAUCAGUGACGUACCGCCGUCGCAGGUGCAGUAUCUCGCUGCCUCUGCGUUUCGGUUCGUAAUGGGACGCAAACAAACACGGUACGCGGUAGUGCUGCGCUGGUUGGAGAGUGUGUGCAAGAGCGCACGACCGAAAGCAGAUGGGACGGCCGUGCGGAUUGGGCAGGUGAUAAGGCAGGGGAAUUCGACGUUUGGGGAAUGGCGGUUUUGA